AUGGCGGCGCCGCUAUCGAAAGAUGCGGACGAACAAACUGUGCCGCAAUCCAUACGUAAUCCUUCCGAUGGACCUUUACGAAAAUUAAGCGUAGACUUAAUUAAGACUUACAAGUACAUUAAUGAGGUAUAUUAUGCCACCAAGAAAAGAAGAGCUCAAGCAGCACAAAAUGAAGGUGGCAGUAGUCAUAAAAAAGAACGAAAGUUAGUUAACGAUGGUUACGAUGACGAAAACAAUGAUUAUAUCGUUCGAAAUAAUGAAGUUUGGAUGGAGCGGUAUGAUAUUCAUUCUCUCAUAGGGAAGGGAUCAUUUGGCGUGGUUGUUAAAGCUUACGAUCGACAACUUAAGGAUUACGUUGCUAUUAAAAUUAUCAAGAACAAAAAGCCGUUUUAUAAUCAGGCUCAGAUUGAAGUUCGUUUACUAGAGUCAAUGAAUAACGCCGGAGGGCAUGAUAAUUUUCAUAUUGUCCGAUUACUACGCCACUUCAAUUAUCGCAGUCAUUUAUGCUUGGUAUUUGAAUUGCUAUCUCAUAACCUUUAUGAGUUACUUCGAAACACGAAUUUUCAUGGAGUUUCUAUCAGUUUAGUACGAAAAUUCGCUCAGCAAUUAUGCAGAGCUUUGUGUUUCUUAUCCAGCAGCGAAAUAAGUAUAAUUCACUGUGAUCUGAAACCUGAGAAUAUUCUAUUGGUUAACUCUAAGCUUAGUGCUAUAAAGAUAGUUGAUUUUGGUAGUUCGUGCCGAUUAGGAGAACGCAUAUAUCAAUAUAUUCAGAGUAGAUUUUAUCGAUCACCGGAAGUUUUACUUGGGAUUCCGUAUGAUCUUGCAAUAGAUGUUUGGAGCCUUGGUUGUAUAUUAGUAGAAAUGCACACUGGUAAACCUUUAUUUAAUGGUGCUAAUGAAUUUGAUCAGAUUAUGAAAAUAGUUGAAGUUCUCGGGAUGCCGCCGGUAUCUUUGUUGGAUCGAGCAUCUAAAACUACGAGAUAUUUCGAUAAGUUACCUGAUGGAACUUACGUCCCUAAAAAGUCGAAGGAUUCUAGGAAGUAUCGUGCUCCAGGAUCGGUUAAAUUGGCAGACAUUCUUGGUGUUAAUACUGGAGGUCCUGGAGGACGUCGACUAAAUGAGGCUGGCCAUACAGUGAAUGAUUACUUAAAGUUUAAAGAUCUAAUCCAGCGGAUGCUAGAUUACAAUCCCAGAAAUAGAAUUCCUCCCCAUCAAGCUCAGCAACAUUCAUUCUUUAAGAGAACUGCAGAUGUUGGAACAAGUACUGCUGACGUAGCGAUAGACCACGAUGUUGCUGAGGAAUUACAAAAGCAUAAAUUAUCAAAUUUGCAUAAUGGAGAAGUAAGCAAGGAAUAUGAUCAAAUGUCAAAUCAGUCAUCUUCUGGCUACACUGGACCAAGUAGCGGUGGUAGUAGUGAUGGAUCAUAUUCAUGGCAUCAUUCAAUAGAUGUACAACAGCAACAACAACAAAAAUCGCAUCAAACGUCAAGUUUUUAUUCUAAUUAUCAAAGCUAUUCUAAUGAUGCCGAUCAGACGCUAGUAAAGACACAAUUCAGCAUUAGGUACACUAAUUCUACAGGUAAUGCACCUCAUGAUAUUGGUCAUCAGUCUGAUAGUACGAGUAGUUCCAGUAAUUCCAUCGUAAGAGGACAGCCUUCUAAGAAUGUUGUUCGGAGAACUUCUUCAUCGGAUGGAUCGAAAUUGCCUGGUAGAUGUAUCCAACAGAUCCCGUCGUGAU